UUUAGCCCUUUUUUGUCCAUGGUGGACGUCCGACUUUUGCACGCUGACGGCUCUCGCGAUUUUGGUUAAAAUCUCGAAAUUUGGUUGGAUACAGAACUUUUGGAUAAUUUAUUUUACGAUGUCAGGCACACUAUAUACAUUUCCCGACAGUUUCCGGGCACACAAGAUCCUGAUUGCUGCUCAAUAUAGCGGGAAGACAGUUAAUGUCUAUCCAAACUUUGUUGCUGGAGAAACAGAUAAAUCGGCGGAAUUUCUCAAGAAGUUUCCGUUUGGGAAGGUUCCAGCAUUUGAAUGUGGUGAUGUGAAGCUAUUUGAACCAAACGGAAUUGCUCAUUAUGUUGGAAACGAACAAACCCGAGGUGGAGACAGAGAGGCAGAAGUACUACAAUGGAUAGGCUUAGCUGACAAUGUUAUUCUCCCUGCAGCCUGCACGUGGGUAUAUCCGACCAAAGGAAUUCUUCAGUUUAACAAACAGAAUACUGAGAAGGCUAAAUCUGAUAUCAAAUCUGCACUCACUGCAUUGAAUGGUUUCCUUGCCACACGGACAUUUCUUGUUGGUGAGCGUGUUACUCAGGCAGAUAUAAGUCUUGCUUGCACUCUGUGCAUGCUGUAUGAAACUGUUCUGGAUCCUGCUUUUCGCAAGCCUUUUGGAAACGUCAAUAGGUGGUUUGUAACACUGAUAAACCAACCACAAUUUAAAUCUGUGAUUGGACAAGUGACUAUGUGUGAAAAAAUGGCUGAAUUUGAUAUGAAAAAAUACAAUGAAAUUCACGGAAAAGCUGAGAAGGCCAAAGGAAAGAAAGCUGGUGGAGCUGGAGACAGUAAGUCACCUAAACAAAAAUCCAAACAGCCAGAUAAGGUAGAUGAGCCUCCACCGAAACCGGUUAAGGUAGAUCCAUGGGCAGAUUUACCCCCAACGACCUAUUCCAUGGAUGAUUGGAAAAAAAUAUAUGCUAAUAAUCAGAACAGCGAUGUAUAUAUGAAGUAUUUCUGGGAGAAUUUUGAUAAAGAGAAAUAUUCAAUUUGGAGAGGCAAUUACAAAUAUAAUGAUGAUUUUAGAAUGGAAUUCUUGGCCAGUAAUUAUGCCCAGGGCGUUACUCAGCGUCUGUCAAAGUUGGAGAAACAUGCUUUUGCAAUUUUUGUUGUUUAUGGGAAGGAAGUAGAUGGGGCUAAGAAGUUUAAGCUUGAUGCUGUAUGGUUUUGGAGGGGCCAAGACUUGGUUUUCAAACGUAAUAUAGAUUGGCAGACAGAUUAUGAAUCUUUUGACUGGGAAAAACUUGAUUCUGAAAAGGAAGGCACGAAAGAAUUGGUGAAAACUGUUUGGAGUUGCGAAACGCUAGAUGGCUGGAGUUGUUGCGACUCGAAAAAAUUUUAAGGGGUUUGGUGGAAUGGGAAUAGUAACCCAUGAAUCGUAUUGCUGCAUCUUGCUACAGAUUUCUUGCUGUCAUAUACACUUGGAUGAUGUUAUUAGGUUAUGUUUCUGAUAUUUUUUUCAAAUAUUGUGACUUGUUCAAUUUCGGUUCCAAACAAAACUGCAGCGUGCAAA